CUGUUAGACCCCCCUGCUGUAAGUCAUCAAAAAACGUCUAAUUUUAGAAAUAAAACAGUUUUGCACUGAAGAUGGUUGUUUGCUGUAUCGGGGACAGUGGAAAUGAGGACACCACAAACAUGGUGAUUGUGGACAUCAAAGUUCUGACUGGAUUCGCUCCAGACUCAGAGUCACUGAAGAGGCUCAGAGCUGCCCAGCUUGUGGACCAUGUGGAACAGAAGGAUAAUCAUGUUGUGAUGUAUCUUCGGGAGCUACAGAGAGGGGUACCCAUCAACCACAGCUUAGAGCUCCAACAGGAGCUUCCAGUGCAGAACCUAAAGCCAGCUGUGAUCAAGAUCUAUGACUACUACCAGCCAAGUGACCAAGCUGAGACCGAGUACAAUUACCCUUGUGCUGCAGCAUGAAGAGUGAGGAUCACAUGAAGACACUAACGUCAGACCAAUGAUUUUACACUUAUACAACCUAAUUCCUGCAAAUAUAAAUAUUGUGUUUAGUCAGUUUAGUUAUUCUGACAGUCAGAGGAAAUGGACACAUUUGACCCUUUGGGCUUCGCUGUCCUUUAGUUCAGUGACCUGAAAUCUUCAUUAUUCAAACACAUAAUUAUAUCCACAUAUUGCUAUUCAUACCAGGCAGUCAAAAGUGACCACUGUGAAAAAAGGCAAAUCAAACUAAAAAAUAUUUGUUGCUGGAGUACUUCCAAAUUUUGUGUUCCUCAAAACGAGGCUUGGAUUCUGAAGAUAACUUGAGUUUUGAAGUUUGUGAAUGGACUCAGAAUCAUCCAUGUCUAUAUCUUAAUACACACAAAACCCUUGCUCAGUGUUGUCAGAUGUGGGGGAGGGGGAGGGAGGGUUCAUCAGGCUUUUUUUAAAUGAGUUUAGCUGGUAAAAAACUUUGGGCAGGUUGUUAAAACUUGGACUGAUUUUUCAAAACAUUUGGUGGGUUUUUAGAAAGUGUUCAUUGGAAAAUUCAGUCAAAAUAGUUGCCACUGAGCAGCAGAGAAGCACAAAAUGUCUGUACAUUUUAAUAAAGUGCAGUGUCCUUGCACUCGGUGAAUUUAUUUUGAAACAUGUAGAAUCUAAUGUGAUAUCGUCAUUGAUUAGGAGUCAGUAGUUCAUCAAGUGUCACUAUGCAAUAGUAUUGUAAAAGAGAAAUGCCAGUGCAGCUUCGUAAUUUAAAAUCUCAUUGUGGCAUCUCACUAUUUCACAGAGGGACAUGUAGGCUGGAUUUUUUUUUUCUCUGUUAAUAAUAAACACCGUUUAGAAACUGUA